AUGAAGGAAUGGCAAUAUGUCAUGUCAAUCCUUCAACUACAUUUCCAUAAACCUAUAUAUAGUCAAGAACACUAUAACUAUAUACAUGUCAGAAAAGUGGACUACAAGUUUUGUAGUCCCAAAAAGCUAAGAAGCAGUCUAUAUCCUACUUUUGUAUUCUUUUGGAGUCCAUCAGUAAAUCUUGUAGUCAACUCUAAGCUGAACUUUGUAGUCAACUUUGAAGUUGGUUCUAACACUAACUUUGUAGUUCUAUUAGUAUACUAUGAAGUCAACUCUAACCCUAACUUGUCUCUUGUGAUCAACACUAACCCUAACUCUGUAGUUCUAUCAGCCAACUUUGUAAUCCAUGCCCAACUUUUGCUAAGUCUAACUGUUGUAGUCUUUUCUAGUUUAUCAGUAGACUUUGUAUUCAACCUUAGCUAA